UUGGAUCCCGAUUUUCUCCUUGACGGACGCCUUUUGACGUUGCGGAGAAUGAUGGUCCACUGUCCAAGUAAUCUCCACACGUUCUCCCUCUGCAACGCACCUUUCUAAAAACACCAACACCAUUGAUCAUGUCCAGUGCCCGCGACCUACCCGGUGGCGUUGAGGUGAUUAAUUCGAGUCAGCACUCCAUCAGACUGGUUGGUGGUGAUGACGAGUCUGGCGUUGAGGAUGUCGCUCCUCCGGAAAAUGCUCAGCCAGCAAUGCGACCAGUCUCGAGGGAAAGGCAGAUGAGCAUCCUGCUAUGCGCAUUCUUUGACGUCUUCGUCACUAUUGGCAUGAAUCAAGCGUAUGGAGUGUUUCUGAGCUACUAUCUCGCAGACGGAAGCAGCGGCAAAGAUCCCUUCCUGCCCAGAAGCGAGACCACGAGCAAAGCAAUGCUGGCGUUUGUCGGUACGCUCGCCGCCGGCUUGACCUGGGGGGGAAGUAUAUUUGUCAAUCCGAUCAUGGCAAGAUGCAAAGACCCCAGAUGGAUUACUGGUGCAGGAGCGGUCUUCAUUGGUGCAGGCUAUGUUCUUGCUAGCUUCUGUCACAGGGUGUGGCAACUUCUUUUGACGCAAGGACUGAUCUAUGGCAUCGGUACCUCCUUGGUCUACUUCCCGGUCAUGGCCGUGGCUCCGGAAUACUUCGAUGCUCAUCGUGGCUCAGCCAUGGGCCUCAUUCUUUCAGGCGCCGGCAUCGGAGGCCUCGCUUAUGCACCUGCUGCACGUGUUAUGCUAGCAAGAGUAGGGGCUGCAUGGACUCUUAGGACUCUGGGCCUUGUCAAUUUCGCUAUCUGCAUUCCCAUCGUGCUGGCAACACCAUCAUCUCGGAGUCUUGUCAAGCGUCCGACAUUGGUGGACGUUAGGCUUGCUAAGCGACCCAUCUUCAUCCUCCAAGCAGUGGCUGCCAUGGCACAAGCCGCUGGCAACUUGGUGCCUCUUACGUUCCUACCAGAGUUCAGCACCAGACUUGGAUACACUGCAGCAUUUGGUGCGGCUCUUCUUGCCAUCAACAAUGCUGUAAACACCAUAAGCCGGAUCGGCAUGGGUUUGAUCGCAGACGUCGCUGGAAGGCAAAAUACUCUGGUGCUAAGCGUGUUGGGCAGCGCCAUCACAGUGGUAGCUUUCUGGUUAUCGAGUGCAUAUGGAGAUGACUUGGGCCUCUGGAUUGCAUUUGUGGUUACCUAUGGAAUAUUUGCCGGCGGGUACAACUCAUUAUUUCCGACAACGGUGAUCGAAGUAUUCGGACCUCAAGCGUACGCAUCUGUCAAUGGCUUCAUCUACUUCAUUCGAGGUUUGGGCGCACUUUGGGGCUCGCCUGUGGGAGGUGCCCUGGUGAAAGGAGGUACCCAUCCCCAAGCAUACAUUACAUUGAUCUGGUACGACUUUGCGCUGUUGAUGCUGACCAGUGUAUGUGUGAUCAUGGUGCGUGGACUUGAUGCCUUGGACAAAGGACAAUUCAAGCUCAAGGCCUGAGAUAUUAUAUAUGUGUAAAGCAAUUCUCAACCCCCAGCCUCGUCAGGAUCUUGCAAGGCUGCAACCUGCAUAAACUAUAUAAAC